AUGACUUCAGAGGGCAGUGUUUGUAUGACCAAGUAUUGGUGGCACCGGGGAGUGUCUGCAACUGCUUUGGAAAACGACUUUGUCCCGCCACGCACAGAAUGCAGCAUAGGCCAUGAAGCGGUCUCACAGGCAGCUGCAGAACUCCAGCAGUACUGUAUGCAAAAUGCCUGCAAAGAUGCCUUGCUUGUUGGGGUUCCUGCAGGGAGCAAUCCCUUUCGUGAACCCCGAUCCUGUGCUCUACUCUGAAAUCAGGGAAGGUCAUCAGAGAGUCGCCUUCAAGCAUGACAUGAAUAACAACUGCCUCCCUUCACAAGAAAAGUCUCUCUCUGUGUCUUCACUUCCGUGUGGCUAAAACGAUGUCCUAGAUGUUUAUCUGUUUGUUCCUGUGUAUUCGUAUCUCACUAUCUUUCGCUAAUGUUCUUAAAGUUUUUUAAUGUAAUUCUUAUUCUUCUCAUAAGCUAUGCUAACUAUACAGAUGUUACUUGAGAAGUUUACAUUUCAGAAAAGAAAAACAGAUUCGUUUUUACCAAAUUACUUACCCCUAUCCUGGUAAACUGUUACCUGGAACAAUAGUAAAAGUUAUUGGUUUCUUUCCAAAAUAAAACAUGGGAAAAGUGAAUUGAUAAAUUAUAAAACUAAAUGCUGUUAGUACUGAAAUAAUGUUCUCAGGGGAAAUUUUGCUCCCAUUAGCAAGAUCUGGAACGAACUACAGUUUUUUUUCAAGUGCAUCCAAGUCGAUAAAUGACACGUAUUAGAAACUGCUGGUCACAAUGUGUAGCACAGGCUUGACUCCCUACGGCAUUUCUCUUACAGGAUUCCUGAUCUGUAGUACUUCUCCUAAUUUGUAUUUGUGAAGGUACUGCCAUGGUGGAAUUCCCUUGACGUGUUUAAAAUGUGACCAAACAGACACUAGAGAACCAUGUACACCCAAAGAUAGUUGCAUGAGUAAUUGUCGAGGUUUGCUGUACACAAAACUUACUAAAAUGUGCUUGGUCGUUUGCCUUCAUUUUUUUUAUAGAGCACUUUUACAAGGACAACUAACUUUUUUAAUAUGUU